CAAAGGAAUUUCAGGUCAACUCAACAAACAACAAUCAAUCGUCAAUGGCAGAACCAAGCAGCGAUUCAAUGUCAGUCCUGGCAACCAAAAUCUGCAAUCAAAUCAACUCCGUAUUCACCAACUCCACAUCCACCCCAUCUCCCCUACACACCACCGUCGACGAAAUAGCCUCCACCGCCGCCCACGGUGGUAAAAUCUUCGUUUACGGCGUAGGCCGCGAAGGUCUAAUGAUGAAAGCCCUAUGCAUGAGACUGGCCCAUCUCGGCCUUUCAGCCCAUUGCGUCGGCGACAUGACCACCCCACCAAUCUCCUCCUCCGACCUCCUUAUUGCGUCUGCUGGUCCAGGCGGUUUCUCAACCGUUGAUGCCAUUUGUGGUGUUGCGAAAUCCAACGGUGGUCGUGUGCUGGUUCUGACCGCACAGCCGGAGUUGGGAUCUUCGGUGAAGUAUGCGAAUGCGGUGGCGUACGUGGCGGCGCAGACGAUGGCGGAUGAUGAUGGUGUGGUGGAAGGAGGAAGAGGAGGAGCGUUGCUUCCGAUGGGGAGUGUGUAUGAAGGGGCGUUGUUUGUGUUGUUUGAGAUGGUGGUUUUUAAAUUGGUUUCGGUUUUGGGUCAAACCCCAGAUGAGAUACGAUCUCGGCACACUAAUUUGGAGUAGAGUUAGUGAUUGAUCAAUGCUCUCUGUCGGUUAGUGUGUUUCUUGUUUUUUCUUAUGUAUUAUGCUCUUCUUAAUGAUUUAUGUGAUGUUGUCUACAAAAGUAAACAAGUAGCUUAUGUUAUGGGAUAUGGUACAGAUUGUUGGUCUUUGCUAGAAACUUCUGUGGUACAUGCAUCCAUUAAUGCAUAUGAAAUUUGAAGUUUUAGGUUAUUAGGGGGGACGGGGCGCCUCGUGAGGGUCCUCCACCACGCGAGGAACAACAAAUAACACCGCCGCCACCACCUUCUAUAACGCGUCAAACACAUCCCGCGUGAACAAUUGAAGAAUCUAAGGGUUUAUUGUUGGAUGUUGUGAGUGAUGGGCAUUUCCACUAAAAUCCAUCACCAGUGAUGGAAUAAAGCUCGAUGACGUGGCGGAACUUGAUUGGAUGUUGUGAGUGAUGAGUGGGUGGUGAGUGAUGGGCGCCCCGCCCGCCCUUAUGAUUUACAAACACAAUAUAUCCAUUUAUCAUCCAUAUCUGAGUUACUGAGUACUUGUAUGCAUUAGUCAUCACUAUAAACUGCUGCAGUUUCCUCAUCUCGAUACCACCGCAACUCCAUUCUAAGUUAUCACAUUGUAAAUGUGCUAGAUAUUUUGUAUAAUAGUCUAGGUUAGAAAAAUCUAGAAAGGUAAAGAGUAGUAUGCCAGCAACUAUAAGUACAGUGUUGCUCAUUUGAGCUCCACAACUCGAAAGUUCUAUUGUUUAUCUUGCAACGAUCAUUGUGGAGUUUUAUUUGUACAAUUAUAUUUGGUUGCGAGUCUUCAGUCUUGCAUUUUGCUGCAAAGUUUCCUAGAAUCGUUGCUAUCAGUGGUUGUAACAUCCUAGAAUCUAUUGCUAAGAUAUUCAAAUGAAUGGUGUUGACGGGGUUUUAUCAAACGAGACUGCAAGAGUUGUAACGCGUUAACCACAAGAUUUAGAGGAUAUCCCCAAGGACCCGAUUGUCACUAUUUAAAGCUUAAUUACGAAGCCUUGGGAAUAAGGCAUGUGAAAUUGAAUUGGAGGGACCUGGAUGUAACCUUGGUGAUUUAAAUCACCUAAGGAAAUCAACCUAGGUCGACGGCGAGGAGAGAGUGCAAGGUGAGGGAGACGAGAUCGUUCAUGAUCGUUUUGCUUCCAAAAUCGCGUUUCUAAGUAAUCCUCAAUACGUUUUGUCAUGAAUCACAUGUUUUAGUUUACGUGGGAAGCCGACGGGGUUAGCGGUGGUCGUAGGGGCGGCUGACGGUGCCACAUUGGUGGUGAAGGCCGGAUAUAAGAUUUUUAGUUUAAAUUAAUGAAGUGGCCCAUUUGAAGGAUUCGUUAGUAGCCCAUUUGAAAUAUUCGUUGGCCGUUAAAAAAACACAAUAGAGUUGAGACCACCUAGCUAGGGCAUUUGAGAAUUUGAGAGCUAUCACAACUUUUGACCAACAAACCAAAGUUAAUGCUCUGAAUAUGGGGUUUAAAGAUGGUUGGCCUCAACCAUUGUUAACUUAUUAAAUGUGUUGCUAAACAACUAAGGUGUGGACCCUCUAGAAUGAGAGAGAAUUCUAUUAAAUAUCUCCUUUGUUGAUUAAAGCGGCUCUAUGUAUUUAUAUAUACUCUAAUUUGCAUCAGGUUUACGCAUAUGCAAGUUGUACUUCUUGCUUUUGUUGUUUUUUAUGUUGUUAUGGUUUGUACGUUAUGUAUAUAGGGUUGUAAGCUUUUUAUAAAAGGCCGCGUGUCCUUUCUGCCCCACCUAUUGAGCUUCCAUUUUUGACACGUAUAUUGACCUUCUCCUACCCCGUCACAAAACCCACAUCAGUAUCACAUUCGAGAGAGAGAUGAAAGCAAAGAGACAGACCGGGCCGCCAGCGACAUGCGGCGGAACAACGGCGGCGCGCCAUCUCCGGCAUCGUCACUACACCAUAACCCACCUCUUAUAUGAAGUUCUUGAGUAAAUAGCCAAUGAUCAGACAAUCUCCGAUCGUAAUCAAGUCGAUUUUCAUGGCGUUUGUGUAUAUAUCUUUCUAAUUACAACAUCACUCUCACAAUUUGAUAGUUGGUGUUGCUCAAAGUCUUGCAAUUUCACAGCUAGAAAGUGGGAAGUGCACCAAGGCGAGAAGGUCAAAAGGGAGCAAAAGCACACACUUUUUGUCCGGUAGAGGUUCUGUGUCGGUACAAAUUGUUCCAACCACAGCAACUGAUCCAUACAUGCAGACUUUGAAGAAUACAUUUGGAAUUGUGGAAAGAGUUGUUCUUCUUGGAGCACCGGUUGCUAUAGAAGACGAAAAAAGGGAAGCUGUUAGGAAGGUUGUUUCUGGAAGAUUGAUAAAUGCUUAUUCCACAACCGAUUGAACGGUUGGAGUGAGCCUUUCGAGCCAGGUACACCGUACACAUCAUAUUUUAUUAAUGGUAUGUUAUAUUUUGCUAGAUGGUUUUUACAGUCAACCAUGGUCUCCUUAGUCAAGGAUUAACUGGAAUUGAACUCGUGGAUGUUCCUGAGGUCGAGAAUGUGAGUUCUGUAUCUCCUUAUUGCCCAUUUUCAUGUAUAAGGUUUGGUCUGAUCAACCUUCAAGGGGGUGGCAUAGUGGUUAAAGCCUGACAGCCUGAGUUCCUCUAGCAGACCUCAUGUUCGAAUCUAGAUUCUUACGAAUCCCAUUAGUUAGAAGGGUAUUAGUGGGUCCCUAUAAUAUUCUGCGUACGAACAAAGAAUAGAUUUCGUUUGAUGUAUAAACCAAUAUUCUGUGUUGUGGCUGCAAUUUGAUGUUACAGAAGUCAUAGAGGGCCACUCUUCAUAUCUAUGGGGUACCAAAGAGAUACUAGAUCCGGUUUUCAAAAUCACUGAUACGAAGAGAAAGAACAUGAUCCUUACACAUCGCAUCCAAAGAUAUACCCUUUGUAUAUAUUAUAUAUACGUUUUGCUUUUCUAGGUAUUCUCAAAGGAAUAUUUAUAUAUAUUUUUUAUUACUUGCAGUUACACCUGAACAUCUUGUAGGAGUUUGGGAAAAGUGUUCAGCUGGAGAUGUAAGUGGGAUUCACGGAAUUACUUGAAGAAAAGGCUUCCGAGUUAGAUGUGUGCCCUUAAGUGGCAAACAGGUCAAACAUGUACUUUUUUAGUUUGGGUUCAAAUGGAGGGGUUAAGUGUGCUAACUGAUAAACAUUUGGUGUGUUAGUUACCAAAAAUGUGAUACAAAAACUAUUUUAUUACAAUGAUAGUGUUGUUCUAAUUAAUUUGAAUUUAUUUAUUUG